AUGACGUUGGCCUCUCGGGCACUGGUGCAGUACAUGGUGCUGCAGGGAGACCUGCAGCGGGAGCCCCUCUCAUGGCCACUGGGGGCCUUGGUGGUUCAGGCCUGCCACGUGGCCCUGGCCGUGGUGCAUGCGCACUAUGAGCACCCGGACACGGAGGAGUACCUGGCCCAGGGCAGCAGCAUGAGAACUGUCGUGCUCGAGGCCCCAGAUGAGUGCGCCUUGACUGCAUUAGCAGAGACACUGCAGCAGAACAGCAUUGAUCACAAAGUGUGGACAGAACAGCCAGACAACAUUGCCACUUGCAUUGCUCUCCGCCCAUGCCCUAAGGAGCACGUACACCAGUAUGUGAAAAAAUUCAAACUGCUGAAGUGAUCUUAUUU